AUGAGUGAAUGCUUACUAUACGCCACCAAAACCUUUUGUCCACGAUGUACAUUGGUGGAGAGACGAGGUUUACACCUGACUGAUGCUCAGGUGGUUUCAAAGCCUGACAACAAGGUGUACCUCAAGUCAUUAUGCUCAAGACACCCUUCCCAAUACACUCUUUACUGUUCAUCGCUUAGUUUCUUUAAUAGGAUCCUAAGCUACACUACAGACAGCAUUGACAAGAAACUCAAUCAAGACAUUGAGGACAUUUGUCAAAGAUACUCUCAACUACAGAUUCAACAACAACAACAACAACCAACUACUCAACAACCAAACAAUAGCAACAACAACAACACCAACAAUGCCAACACAUCAUUAAUAAUAGAGCUCAAUAUAUAUCAGAACUCUAUAUUUCUAAACGAUGAGACCAUAUGCAGCAAUAUCAAACAGUUCCAAUCAUUAUAUCCAAAGAAUAGAAAGUUCUCUUUAAAGGUUAUGGCAAAGGGAUCCAAUGAUGUUCAAACGAUCAACAACAAAGUAAUAUAUAUUGCAUCAUUGCUCAAGGGCUAUCCGAUACUGGUUGAGGUCACAGUGGAGAGACUCAACAUGAUUGGCAAUCUAGCCAACAGCUGCUUCCUCCUGGGCAAGGUCUAUCCAGCAUUGAAGUACUUCUUGAAGCAAGGUGACGAGGAACUAUUUAUCAAGGACAUGCAUAGACUUCUCGCCAUCCUUGGACAAUACAAUGGCAUUCAAGCCGUGAUCACCGUGGCACUGGAACGCAAGUUUGCAAACUUGCACAGCAUCCUCGAGUUGCUACGAUCCAAGAACGAGGUGAUCCGAAUCAUCAUUCUAUCAUUGGAGCGACCACCCAAGGAGAUUGUUUCGUCACUCCAGAAAAAGAUGGUCAUCCAAGGCAACCAAGUGUCAAGCUCAACAUCAUCCACAACCGCUUCAUCCUUGACACUGGAGGAUGCAGAGUCUACAGACUUGCAAAUCAAUUGUAAUGAUCCAUACGAGCUCAUUCAAGAGAUUGAAAGAGCGACAGAUAAGAGUAUUUCUAGUGAUGACUUCUUCCCAGUCAAUGUUGGAUCAGCACUGGAACCAAUGUUGAACUUGAUGGGCUAUGGAAUGUUUAGCAUUAGACCUUCACCAUUCUGUGGCUUUGCGACUCUACUUAUCAAUACAGACACGAUCCAUUCACGUCCAAUCAACAAGUUGUUCAACAUUGGCAAAUUCUACAGGGAUCUUCAGCCAUUGCUACCAUCGUUGGAGGAAAAGAUAGGAUUCUUCAAUGGUCUAAGGUUAAAAUCUAUUAUCAAGUCAUGUCACUGGGACAAUGUACCGAUACCAAACAUAUUCGACUACUUCACAGACAGAGCCAAAGCAGACAUUACCAAGAGAGUGAUAGAUCAAACACAAAUACUUAUCAUUCACAACAAUAUGGAUAUCGCCGCACUAGAUCUCAGGCGAAGGUGUAACUGUGCCGUCAGUACAAAGACAAAGGAUGGUUUCGUGUCCUCCUGUACUGGUUGUAUUUAG